AUGGCUUCAUCACAACAGCCAACGACUAUUGAUAACCUCCAAGGGGAUGUUUUAUCAGAAAUAUUCAUCCGGUUAUUGGCAAAACAGCUAGCUCAAAUGAGGUGUGUCUCUAAUAACGAUGAUAUUCUCUUGUUUUUCAAAUCGAAAUUUUCUUUCUGUGGUGGUCGACCUUUCACAGCAUGCCCCUCUCGAUCUCCCCAUCAUGAACUUACCGAUUUCAUUAAACUACCUGUUAAUCUCCAAUCCAGACAAACAUAUGGCAAUGUCAUUGGAUCUGUUAACGGAUUAAUAUGCUUUAAUUAUGGAGCCAUUCAUGAUACCAGUUUUUACAUAUGGAAUCCUUCUCUUUCUGUUGUGUUAACUCUCCCCCCAAGUUUAUUUCCCUCACAUGAUACUGACUACCUUAGAAUUCCUCCUCGGUUUGGAUUUGAUCCCAAAUCAGAUGACUACAAAGUUACUAAGUUUACAAGAGAUCCCCAACUACCCUUAUCUGCAUGUCUAACACUUGACAUCGAUGAUUGUAUAGAAACUGUUGAUUACAAAGUUGAGGUGUAUAGCAUGAGAAAGGGUAUCUGGCAGUUAGUCCCUCACAGGUUUCCAUCACAUCUCAAAAUCUUAAGGGCUAUGCAUUAUAAAGAAUUUUGUGUAGAUGGUCAUGUUCAUUGGUUUGAUUAUGCCGAUUCAUUUUGGAAGGUACAAAACAUAGUUGCAUUUGAUUUGGGUGAAGAAACAUUCCGUGAAAUGCCUCUUCCAGAUCUUCAAAUGGUUGCCACUCAAUUUUCUUUAGGAGUUUUGGGUGGAAAGCUUUGUGUGAUGUUUGGUAUUAGGUAUCAUGGAUGUGAGGUGUGGGUGAUGGAUGAGUAUGGGGUGGCUGAAUCAUGGGUCAAACGUUAUGUCUUUUCAGAGUUUGAUGAUGUUAUUAUUCCAUAUGGAUUCACAUUUCACAAUGAGUUUCUUUAUGAAGUUGCCAAUUACUUUGAUAAUGAAGAUGAUCAUUGCUUAGGUUUGUAUAAUCCGAUUGCAGCCAAGACGAAAAGUUUUGAGGUUGGUUAUGGACUAUCAAAAGUUGUUGAGUAUGUUGACAGUCUUGUUUGGGUAGCACCUGUGGAGCAUGAGCUGAGCUGUUGCAACAUCUCCCGGUUGAAAAUUUGA